AUGACCUCAGUUUCAGAAUCCGAGUUGGAAACUGAGGCUAAGAAAGAGCAGUUUGAGGUAGUGCUUGAACCCGAUGACCCGGAAAACGUCGAAACCCAAAUGCGAAAUGCCAACAAGUGGUUCGUUGCGCUGCUGGUGACGGUCACAUCCGCGGAUAUCACAAUGACCUCUUCGUGCUGGUCGCUCGCGCAGGCCGACAUCAGGCGACGCUUCCACAUCUCGCGCGAGCUCUCGGUGCUGGGGCUUUCACUGUACAUCUUCGGCAUGGGCGUCGGCCCUCUGCUGCUGAGUCCGCUCAGUGAGCUAUACGGGCGCAAGCCCACGUUCAUCUCCUCACUUUCCCUGAGCAUCUGCUUCCUCUUCCUAACGGCCUGGGGCCCCAACAUCGGGGCGGUUUUCGUGGGCCGGUUCCUAUCCGGUUUCUUCGGCAGCGCGUUCCUCAGCGUGGCAGGAGGCGUCAUCAGCGACAUGUUUUCCAAGCACCAGAUCGGCAUUCCCAUGACCAUCUACACCACAGCGGCCUUCACGGGCCCAGCCAUUGGGCCUCUGAUCAGUGGAGCUCUCUCCAAGCACUCAUACCGCUGGACAUUCGUUGUAAUGAUCAUCGAAUCGGCCCUCUUUUUGGCGCUUUUCGUGGUGGCCUUCAAAGAAACCUACAAACCCGUUCUUCUGCUGCGCAAAGCAAAGCGGCUGCGCGAAGAAACCGGCGACGACCGCUACUGCGCGCCUCUGGAGCGUAUUCGCCGAGAAACCUCGCUCCCUAAGGCUAUCUUACUCUCGGCAAGUCGGCCUUUUGGGCUUCUGACACGCGACCCGAUGAUGGGCGUCCUCUGUUUUUAUACAGGCCUGACCCUGGCUAUCAUCUACAUGUUCUUCAUUGCAUUUCCUUUAGUUUUUGGAUCUUUAUACUCCUUCACAACAAUGGAAUUAGGUGUAUCCUAUAUGGGCAUGCUGGUAGGGAUUGUGUUGGUGGCGCCCACCAGCCUGUGGUUUCAGCGGCGCUAUGCACAGAAGGUUAUCAACAGCGGCGGCCAGCAAGUGCCGGAACUGAGAUUCGAACCACUAUUUUACGGAGCAUUUCUGACGCCCAUUGGUCUGAUGAUAUUCGCUUGGACUAGCUACAGCCACGUACACUGGAUCGCGCCCAUCAUUGGUACCGCUGUUUUUGGAGCUGGUGUCUUUUUCGUCUUCACAGGCGUCUUUAACUACACCGUCGAUGCUUUCAGGCUUUAUAGUGCAUCGGCCAUGGCCUGUAAUUCUUUUGUGAGAUCAAUGAUGGCAGGAGUCUUUCCCUUGUUCACCACCCAGAUGUACGAGGGCAUGGGUGUCAAUUGGGCCAGCUUUCUGUUGGCCAUGGUUUCUAUUGCUAUGAUCCCAGUGCCGUUUCUGUUCACGCGGUACGGAGCAUACCUUAGAUCAAAAAGUCCAUAUGCUUGGGAUUAA